CAAAAAGUUUUUGUUUUCUUCUUUUACAGAUGCCCGUUUUCCUGCGGAUGGGGCAGUUGAGCUACAUUUUUCUCCUGGGCCCGAAGGUCGUCUGACAACAACACCUGCUCCAACUCCUGCAGUGCCCGUAACGUUAGCUGAUGAUCCAAUAACAAGGGCCGACAGUCCAUUAGAUGCUCCUGAUUCGGAAGAAGAUUACAAUUCGGAAGAAGACGUAAAUCACACUUUUGGGCCACUUGACGGAAGUAUUUACGCAACCAUAGCAAAGAAACCGGAGCUGUCACCCGGUGCCGUUUCUAGUCCCUUGACUGUGUCCAUGGACUCUGGUAUUUCUUCUGCAGGUGCGCUUGUGGGGGCAGGUCACCAGCAGAACGCCAACACGAACGCCUCAACGAGUCCCCCUCCGACUGCUCAACCGUCCCCCCUAACCCCCGAAGAUCAGCAUCGCGAAUUGGACGAAUUGCUAUCGGAUAUGAUGCUCACCGUUCAGAACAUUCCCGACAUCAAACCGCGACAACAGCAAAACUCGGAUUGCGAUUCCUCGUCGGCGACGACAUUCAACCUCGACAAUGUCCGAUACAUAGACGAAGAAGAAGACAAGAAUAUUCCAUACCACGCUCGACAAGAUAGUAAACCAUUUACGUACGGCGUCAAUUCAAACAUGAUCGGGGAUUCGAAGAAAUUAUCCAGUCCUAGCCUGGUGCGAAAAGCGAGCUUUAAUAAAAGCUCAGGAGAUACAUUGAAAAAAGUUCAGACGCAAGUAUAUCCGAACGCUACCUACAAGAGCAGCAACUAUUCGAGCCCUUCCAGCAACUACAAUUCUUCCACGUAUAAUUCUUCCAUUUACAAUACUUCAGACUAUUCCGAUAUCGGUUCUAAAUACAACUAUUCUACAUUACCACCCAAGAGAGAUCCUAUUGACAGUAUCUUUACACCCAGUGCUUUAAGUGCGAGUGAUCCUUAUAAGAAAGAGUUUCGGGAAGAAUUUUACAAGGACGAAGUUAAAAGAUACGAUCCGCUGAAGAGGAGUCACACCGAUGGGACUAUCAAGAGAAGCCUGGAUAACUAUUCGGAUUACAGAAGUAUUGGAUCGCCUGUGUCGAGUCCAUUGUCGGACGGGAAUUUGUCGCCUCCUAGUGCCUUCAGGAGCUCACCAAAGCAGGAAGGGUAUUCAUCGACAAUCAACGGUAACCUAACAUGGCUUCAACGUCAACAAUUAAAACUAAAGGAACGUCGAGAACAACAACUCAGGGACGAGCGACAACCCCAUGAGACACGACUUCUCUCGGAAUUGAGGCAAGUGCAUAGUCGACACUUACGACCAUCGGCAAGUCAUCGUGCAGACGGUUAUACGAGUGACACGACGGCUUUCGCUGACGACGACGAGGACUUUACGGUACCAUUGCACAUUAACACAACAUCCUCAAAGAACAUAUCUUCUCCGAGCUCUCCACACAGUGGUAGCGCUUUGCGUAAUUUCAGCUCUUCGCAAACUUCAAUCUACUCGAACACCACCCCUAGGCACGAACGUCCCUUCAUGGCAGUCAAACGAGCUCACGAAGUACAGAAGUAUGCUGAAAUGUCGUCGUCUCCAGCAUCAAUUCUAGCUGCAAAUCCAUUAGGGAACGUGAUUCGUUCUCCAAGCCGUGGAGUAGAUUCCACUGAUAGUGGACUACUGUCUCUUGUCGAGAAAGAAAGCUACGCCAUGAAACAAGGGCCUACACCUACCAUGGUGGGUACCAUGCCUUCACAAAAUUCCUUUAACUCAUCUAAUCAAAGCACACUUAUCAUCAACGAAACUGAACACAAAACCAAUCCCAUGCAGCAUGAUGCGCUUGCCGAUUUAAUCGCUAGCUUGUCUAAUGGAUCUGAUACCUCUAAUGAUAGUCCUAAUUCCGCAACUAAUUGGCAGUAUCGAGAAGAAUCGGUUUCAUCCUGGCGCACACAGUCCGCUAGUGAGGUCGAAACCAGUCCACCCAGAAGUGUAUCUCCACGUCCACAAACUCCGGCCUUCCCCGUACAUUCUCGAACUCCCUACAUGAAUUCUUCGACCCCGACAGUACAAUUCGAUUUACCAACCGAACGACUACCACCCAAGAGUCCUACAACCCAGCGACAUAUGAGUUAUCCAACCACUUCAAGUCUUAAAUAUUAUAGGCACGGAACCUAUCCUACUGAGAGCAAGGACCGUCCGACAUCUCCUAACGACUUAGUUAACGGAGGUGAAACAUACAAUUACACUCAAAAAAGUCCGUUACAAAAUGGCUCUGCAUCCCCAACUAUUUAUUACGGCAGCUCUAGAAGAAGUUCUGUACAUUCAGAAUCUCCACACGAGGUAUCUCCCGCCCAUGUUAAAUUUGUACGCGACACCUCCAAGUUCUGGUACAAAUCCACAAUAUCACGUGAUCAAGCAAUUAACAUGCUGCGCGAUCAGCCUCCUGGUACAUUCGUAGUUCGCGAUUCCAACUCAUUCCCGGGAGCUUUUGGACUGGCGUUGAAGGUGGCAACUUUACCAUCAAAUGUUCAGACGAAAUCUCCAAACACCGAUGAAUACGUUCGCCACUUUUUAAUUGAACCAACUUCUAGAGGCGUCAGGCUUAAAGGUUGUGCAAAUGAGCCCGUUUUUAGUUCAUUAUCUGCGUUAAUCUAUCAGCAUUCAGUCACCCAAAUGGCCCUUCCGUGCCGACUGGUUCUCCCGGAAGGCGACAUAAAACCUAUGGAAAUCGCGACGAACCCUGCACAACAGCUUUUCAAUAGAGGGGCCGCUUGCAACGUUUUGUAUUUGUACUCUGUCGAUAUGGAAUCUUUAACUGGUCCCCAAGCUGUCAGAAAAGCUGUAUUAGAUCUAUUUCAAAAAUCACCUCAACCAACCGCUACUGUUGUCCAUUUCAAAGUUAAUGGACAAGGGAUUACCUUGACUGACAGCAAGAGAAAAUUAUUUUUCAGAAGACAUUAUCCAACCAAUACGAUAUCCCACUGUGGUAUAGAUCCUGAUGAACAUAGAUGGACGGUCACCGAUGAUUCGAGAGUAGCCAAUAGUCAAAAUCGAAUAUUUGGUUUUGUUGCAAGAAAACCAGCAAGAAGUGCAGAUAAUCAGUGUCAUUUAUUUGCCGAAUUGGAACCAGAACAACCGGCGUCCGCAAUAGUAAAUUUUGUGAACAGAAUUUUAACAUCAAGCGGCGCACGACCAUCAAUGUUAUAAAAAAAGAAAUCCUUUAAUAUACACGAAAACUUAACAGUUCUUGUAAGAAUUAGCGACCACAUCCCAACAAUUUUUUUUAAUGAAUACAAAGCUAUAUGAAAAUACGUUUUAAAAUUUGCACAAGUAAACCAAAAAAUUUAUUAAUGUUAUUCUUUAAACGCAUUUAUUGUUUCUGUUGUUUUAACGUCUUUCCUUUAAUAUCGUUCGUCUUCUGCACCUGUUUGUCUAAUUUAAUUUGUUUGCUAGUCUUAAUGUUAGUAAUGUCUCACCUUGUUUGCUUUCUUUUCAAAAAAAUUAAAAUUAAUAAUAGUAUUUCUGUGAAAUAUAAUGUUAUGAAAUUAUUGUAAAUAUAUCUAUUGACACUUAGUGCCUAAAAACGUUAAAUAAGAAUUUACAGUUAACAUGUUUAAAUGUUAGGAUAAUCAAUACGAUACAUAUAAAAGAUAAUCACACAAAUCUACAUAUACCGAGGGCAUGAUUUACAUGUAAGUAUACAAAUUGAUUCAUGCUAUUGUCAAGCUUUGAAGUGCUUUAAUAAAUAUAGAUUUUAUUUUAUGUAUUUUAAGCUUCAGUUGAUUAAUUAACAGUGUUGUUUAUUAUCAACUACAUACCUACAUUUUAAGAAGUUAUAGAAUAUCAUUAGUGUAAGACAACUAUUUAUUAUAACGAUAACGAUAAAACAUAUUAAUUAGUGAUGAAAUGCUAUCACGUAGUGCAUAUAAAAAUUAUUUAUUGUUUGUGUCGUUGUGUAUUAACUACGCAAGAAAUGUAUCUAAAACAGCCCGUAUUAUUUCCUCAAGUACAAAAAAAAUCAAAGUUCUAUAAUCAAAACAAUAUUAAUGAUAUCUACAUUUAUGCAUGAAAUUAAAAGAUUUUAUAGAUUGUAAAUUGUAUACAAGCUGUAACAUCCACGUGAAAUAAAGUUAUCUAAUAUUAAAAUUUU